AUGGCUCCGCUGGAAGGCUUGUCGGAUGCUCAUGCCAUUCUACUUGCUACUAGUCUCUGCGCAGGUGGAAGUAUUGCCGAUCUGCCUGCCUUGCGAGCGAAAUACCCCCAUUGUUUUCCACUCGAACGCCUCCUACGCAUUAUCUUGACCUUCCUCCCCGAAAGCACGGAACCGCUCAGCUAUGUGCCAGUCCUCCAAGAGCUGAUAAAGAAGCCACUUCCUUCGUCACCCGAUUAUGACAUCGACAUAUCUGCCGUUACAAACUUGACGGAGACAGCGGCAAGGAAACGUGUGCGGAAGCUUCGUCUACGUUCGCUAAAGCGCGACGACGAGGAUGAAGAGGUUGCCUCAGCAGAGCCCUUUAUUCAGUUCCUCGUUCAUCGUGCGCAUUUGAUCGACUCUGAAACCUCUCUUCAGCCACUUAUUCUUGACCUUCUACUUCCGUUCUAUGGACACAGCCCCAUCAUCAGAACAUGGUUGAUCUCCAGUCUACUACCAGCGCUCCGACUCAACUAUGAAUAUUAUCCGAACCGAGAAGAGACAUUAUCAUUAGAUACGCUUGAGUUGAUGGAUGAUCAGACCGCGAUUAAUGUUCUUUUAUCGCUUUCCGGUACUGAGAAGGGCAACAUGGAUUUGGUGAACAACCUGCGUGGGCUGGUUGGCCCAUGGCUCUACGGUAGCAAUCGAUCUAAGCGACGGAGACUCAAUGAAACGGCCCAGCAGAAUUCUAUUUCCUUCAUUCAAGGCACUCAGAAGCCACAACCCACCGAAUUGGCAGGAUGGGAAUUUGUGAAUGAAUGGCUAUUGUCCAGGAGUCUUGUCGACCAUCCCAGCGUUGUCGGCGCUUUUGCUCAUUGGAAUGGACCGGAAGACGUUGACAUGGGGAGCUAUGAGGAACACAAACAUAAAAUUCCGCCAGAGCAGGCGAAGGAAUUGCUGGAACGAUAUUGCCAAUCUGGCUUAUCUGUCGUAUAUGCCCACGCAGAUUCGUCAAGAAUGGCAUUGGAAGGAUCAAUCCAAAUCGCAGCGCGGGUUGCCAAAUUGCUUGAUCUCGAGGAAUGCUCAUAUCUAAACUCAGUCGACUCGGUGCUUCCAUCUGUGGACUACGAUACAGAGCUUAUUUCCUCCACAUCUCGGGCGUCACUACUACAGAACGCUCUCCUGACAUCAGGAAAUCCCUUGACCAAACCGUCUCCUUCUUCAGUCUCAUACUUGACCGCUAUACUUUUGUCUUUGCGAAUUUUGACUGGGCUUGGCCACUCGAUCACAUGCAGAGCUGCAGCUAACAUCUGCCUUCAUAGUGGCGAAGGGGCGCAAUUGGCAGAAUUGAAAUCUGUGGUAGCCUCGACGGUGCAACAAUCACGAUCAAAACAAGACUGGCAUUUAGUGCGACAGCAGCUACUCUGGCUCAGAGAUUGGCAAGCGGAUCAUUCCGACAAUGGCUGGGAUGAGCCAUCCACACAUCAUGGUCUCUUUUGGAGACUUUCACGCGGUAUUAUUGAGAUAGAGAUUCUGAAGGCACUACUUGGCGCCCGUGAAUAUCAAUUGGCUGUGGAUCUAUAUACCCCGUCUGAUUCUCCCUUGAACGAAACUCAAGUAGAAUCAGCUGUCAUAGAGGCUAUCUUUACGGCCUAUGACAAUGCUAGCAACGGCAACCGAACGCGUGGGGGGAUGAAGAGAGCCUACGACAUACUACAAGCAUUCCAACCCCAUUUUAUCAAGUCCGUUCAACUCAAGCAGAUCAGCGCACUCAUUGCCGCAACCCACGCCCUCUCUUUCUACUCACUUACUCUCCAACACGGCGUUCCCUUUGAGCCUGUUAGCAUUCGUGUACACCAUGACCCGUUGUCUCUGGUCGACAAAGUCCUCGACCAAAAUGCUAAAAGCUACACCAAACUCGAUGAUCUCCUUUCUAUCGGCCGCAACCUUGUUCUCGCUGGCCUCCCCGCCCACUCCAACUCCAACGAUUUCGAUGACCACACCCUUCACAAACAACCCUCCGAAGAGGAAACCCUAGCAACCGCCGAGCGCCGCAUCAUCUCCCUCGCCAUCUCCUCUGCUCUUACCUCCAACGACUUCGGCACCGCUUACUCCUACAUCCUCACCCGCCUUACACCCCCUUCUCAUCUCUCAACCUCCUCCCCGCUCCUCACAACCCCGACCGCCGCCGACGACAUCUCCUGGCGCGCCGUCUACAACGCCGGCCGCUACCGCCCCACUUCGCCUAACCCCAGCGCAACUCUCCAAUCCCAAAUUAGCCACCUCUCCCAGCGCAUGGAGCUCCUCUCCCUCGCUCUCGCCCUCACCCCCUCGCCAGACCCGCUACCCGAAAUCCUCGGCGCCUGGCGCCGCUGCGACGAGGAGCUCUCCUCGUUGCGAGCUCGCGAACAGCAGGAAGAAGAUGCGUGGGACACGAAGGGUGACAGCCUCACCACCGUGCCGGGCGGCUUCGGACCCAGCGACGCAGAACGGGACGCGCUGGAAACGGCGCAGCAGCGGGCGGCGCGGCGGGCGCGCGCCCGCGCCGCGAUGCCGCACGCGCAUCCACACGAGGCACCAAUGGGCCUAUUCGAGGUUGCGCGGGGCGCCGCACUGGCGCUGCAUAAGAAUGCGUUUCCGUUACGCGGGGCCGCGGAGGAGGCCGGGGCCGGGGCUGGCAGGGGAGAAGAGCCUGGGUCGCCGGAGCAAGGAGGCGAGGGCCGGGUGCGGAAGAGGGAUGUCGUUAGCAAUAUGGUGACUGGGGGACUGGCAAGCGGGAUUGGGUGGAUGCUUGGGGCGGAGCCGGUGAAUCGGUAG